CUGAAGACAUUUGAUGGAUUAAAGCUAAGCGGCUCCCUUUCGAAUCACCACCUGAUCUCAGCGCCCAUAGCCCAUAUAAAGGGGAGCGUGAUUGCUGAUCUCAGCUAGUCUGACGCUCUCUCUCUCCCCCUCUCUCUCUCUCUCCCUCUGUCUCUCUCUUUCUCUCCUCCUUCCCAUCCCUCUCGCCUACCACACCACAGGAGCUAUCCAGUGCUGAACAAGAUCCGUUCAAAGACAGGGAGCCAAGCCACGUAACGCUGCUGGUCAUCUUUUUUUAUUUUUUUUGUGGUUGCCUUUUUUAUUCCUGUUUUUUUUUUGGGGGGGAGGCUGUGUUUUUUUUCUUCCUAAAGUUGCAUACGGAUUACCGCCGCACUGUCUCACUUCGUCGAUCCGGGUUCCGCUGCUCUCCGUCUUUCAUGUGCGUUUCCUGGGCUUGCCUCACCAACCCGCUGAAACAUGCCGCGCUCGUUUUUGGUGAAGAAGAUCAAGCUCGACGAUUUCUCCUCGUCGGCCGUGGCCGCCUCCAACCCCUACCACCACCAUCUGGACGACUCGUACACUUUCGCACGCUCCAUCACGGACUCUGUGACGAGCCUGGGCGUCCGGCUCAGUGAGAAUGGCUACAUCCAGGACUACAUCACACCUGCUGUGUACCAGAGCGAGAAGAAGAUGGAGCUCAAGCUGGCCUCAGCUGUCUCAGAGCCCAUCUACACUCAGGUGAGCGGCGGUGGUGGGGGGGAGGAGUACUGCGACCACGACAUGGAGCAUCCGGACAGCCCGCAGUCGGGCAUGACAGGCAGCGGCUUCCUGAGCGGGGAGGCCGAGGCCCUAACUGAGGGCUACACCAUGGACGCCUUCUUCAUCUCAGACGGACGCUCGCGGAGGAAGGGAGACGGCGAGGCCCGCGGGGGAGGUGGGCGAAGCCUAGGGAGCACCAGCGAGGCCCGGGAUACAGGUGCGAGCAGCGGGACGGCACGGCACACGUGCAACGAGUGCGGCAAGACGUAUGCCACCUCAUCCAACCUGAGCCGGCACAAGCAGACCCACCGCAGCCUUGACAGCAAGAUGGCACGCAAGUGUCCCACCUGUAGCAAGGUGUACGUGUCCAUGCCGGCGUUGGCCAUGCACAUCCUCACCCACGACCUGAAGCACAAGUGCGGCGUGUGCAGCAAGGCCUUCAGUCGACCCUGGCUGUUGCAGGGCCACAUGCGAUCCCACACAGGCGAAAAGCCUUUCGCCUGCGCCCACUGCGGCAAGGCCUUCGCCGACCGCUCCAACCUCCGUGCUCACAUGCAGACGCACUCUGCUUUCAAGCACUACCGCUGCAAGCGCUGCAAUAAGACCUUCGCGCUCAAGUCCUACCUGAACAAGCACUACGAGUCAGCCUGCUUCAAGGGCUCGGCGGACGAAGACGACUCCGGCUCCGAGAACUAGCCGGGGGAACGAGCGAAAUCCCUGUCUCUCCUCUCUGUCCUCUCCUUCUCUCUCUAUCCUCCAUGCCUUUUAUUCUUCCCCUCUCUACUUUUUUAGAAAGCAAUAUUUUCACUGAGAUUAAGUUGACAAAAAAAAACAGUAAUAAGAAUAUGAACAAAGAUGACAAAAGAUGCUGGAUUUUUUUGGAACAACUGCUACACACCCACACACACCUACACACGCGCACAAAACGCGUGCGCACGCGCACACACGUGCACACAUACAAACACACACGCAAACACGUAAUUAUUUAUGAGGCCUCGCAUGUGAAUUUUUAUCAAUUACUAUAAUAUUAAUAAUAAUACUAAUAAUAUUUAGAUUCCUGAUAUUUUAUAGCAAAUAAUGUGGAGAAAAUUGAAAAAAAAUAUACGUAAAGGACAGCCAGUGUUUUUUUUUUCUUUUCUAGAACAAAAAAAAUUGACCUCUUGUAUUUUUAUGCUGCUUUUUUUUUUGCUAAGAAUUGAAUUCUUUUGCAACAGCCAACAAAAAAAUCUUUUUUAGAAAAUGUGAAUAUCGGACUGACAGUAUUUGCAAAAAAGAAAGAAAAGGCCAUUUAACGCUAAGACUAAUACUUUGUGUCACACAAAUAUUUAAUUCAAUGAGUAUUAUUUUUUCUAUUGUCUUUAUAAUUACCAUUUCUGAGUAUUAUUUAUUUAUUGUGCCAAUCAUACCCUGAUUUCGUGUCAAAAAUCUGAAUCUUUGUAACUGCGGGUUUCGAAGGAUUUCAUUUUAAGUCUUAAUUUUGAACAAAAUCAGCGUCCCGGGAAGUGGACGCUUGGACAUGGUUAAAAUACGACUCUAGAUUAUUCAGAAUGACUGUGUGGUUUGAAGAAUUGGAUAUCCGUGUAAGAAUCAAAUAAUGUCAAAUAGCUUUUUCCCAGGUUCAUUGUGUCCCCAGGAGCAACAAUCCAAGCAAUUUGAGUGCAUACAAUCGGCUAGUAAGAGAGAAAUGUAACGCUAGUCAUUUGAAACACUUCUGUCGAUGUUAAAGAGCUGCGAAUAACCAAUAAGCAUAUUGCAUAGUAAUAAUUGCAUAACGAUAUACUGAAGCAAUAUCUAUAAGCGCCAAAGCAAAACAAGAAAACGCCGUUGAAACAGCUGAAUAGCAAGUUGGCGACUCUUUCCGUCGUGUAAACCUCUUCAGAUCUUCCUGUUUAAGUGUUUUAAUGCUGUGGUUCCCUCGGGUCUUCAGCACAGAGCCGGCGUCCCGAUCCCAUCGAUCGGGGCACUUUUCCCCAACCCCCUGCAUUACCUCAUCGUUUACUUUUCGAGUGGACCCUCAGUUACAAAGCAUAUGCUUCUAUAUAGGUUUGUCACGUUUAAGUAGCUGAAAGCGCUCGCCAUCUUUUAUGAAUAACAUCAUUUGUGUAGCAUGUUAUUUAUUUAUUUAUUUAUCUAUUUAUUUGUUUAUUUAUUCGAUUAUUUAUUUAUUUGUCCGUUUAUAUAUUUAUAUGUGUAUUAUGUAUUGCCAUUGAACAAAAUGACCUUGUAAGAUGCUGCUGAUCUUCAAAGAAUAUUGUUUAUAUGCAUGACAAACUGUAGAGAGUCCAUAGGACUUUUAGUAUUAAAGAGGAACAAUGUACAAUGUCAUAGUACUCGGAUGAAAAUUGACGAAAUUGUAUUUGUUUCAUGGGCAAUAAGUUCAUUGGUGCGGGGACUGAUUUGUAAAAUCACUCUUGUCCUGUUUUGCAGACGUUAGCGGGCAAUAAAUUGCAAAUGAAAACGAAAAUAUAAGAGAAGAAUCCUCCAUCCUGUUGUUUCCCCCCAAACAGAUUGGUUAGCGUUCAGAAUAAACGACUAAUCAAACCUUUCCAUUCACGCUUUACUAAUUACGCAAUAAUUACAAGUGCAAUAACCGGGGUGGUAUCUGGUUGUGUAAUGACUGCGUGGGUCUGUUGUGGUGUUCUAAAUUCAGGCCUGAUACCAUUUUCAUAUUUUAUUUUGAAUUAUGAAUUUUAUUUAAAGGAAGGCAUGAAUGUUAAACUUCAGAAAAUAGCAAUGGUUCUCGUUUCUCAUUAAGUAAUCCAAUAGGAUGCAAGUUAUAAAUCUGUAUGAAAACACAAAAAAUUGAAUAAUCGCCAGUUAACUUAAAGUGCUUCCUUUACAUGCCGAAUCGCCUUUAAGAAAAACGUAGUAAUGUAGUAAAAUCACUUGAACCUGCAUAGAUCGAAGGGCUUGGCGAACGGAAAAGGUGGUCCGCGGACAGGCAAUAGUUAUAGUCGGUGUUUCAAUGGAUUAUGCAAGGAUAUAAUAUGAAUUUUUCGCCAAUUAAAUUGAAAAUGUAGCUUCGUCCCGAUGCACAGGCUACCACAUCACAGAUUGCUGAGAAAAACAAUUACACGAUGUAGCUGCUUGCACUCUCGCAGUCAGAAAACAAGUUUAAAAAUUAAACGAAUCCUUUGGGCAACUCAGGGAAUUAAUUAUUCAGUCGGGGGAUGUAGAUUGUCGACUCGAUAACACACUUUCCACUAGAGCCACUUCAGCCGUGAGCUCGGGUAUUUCUGCUUAAGGUACCUACAUUUUAACACAGAACAAGCGGUGCUGAGCCCGCUAAUCCGGGCUGCUGGUGGCGGGAAGACUGCAGUCGAUCAGCUUAGUGAAGAAGAGGCUGAAAAUGAAGGAAAUUAAUGAAAAAACAAGCUUCUAGCUAGACCUAUCCGAUGGAAACGUUUAUCUGGAUUGUUUACUGAAAAUUUAACUUGCCUGUCUACGAAAAUAUUGACAAAAUGUGACUAUAACUGCUUAUGUGAUGGACUGAUUCAUUCAUUCAUCGAAAGGGAGGAUAAAUUGCAGCCGUGUAGCAAUUAUACGUUAAAUAACUGUCAUUCUUAAAUAAUUCGUUAAUUUAAUGCUGUUUCAAUAUUACAUAUUCAACCAAACAUUUCAAUCACACAAAAUAAUUACAUUUCUACGGUUUGCUGACCAGUGGUCAGAAUUUAUAAAGCAGUUAGGCCUAUGUGUGGUUGUGUUUAAUUUCACCUAAAAUGAACAAAACCUUCUUGUAUUUCAUACUGAUGAUACGGCAGCUGGAAUGAAUGCCCUUGAGUAAUGAUCCUUUUAGAUUACACGCGAAAAUCCUUAGACGUAGGCGAAUAUUGGGCAACAUGAUUUCAAUGCACGGCCGGAUGACGUGGACGCACCGCGAAGCAGGCAUGCAGUGACAGGAGGAGGCGGGGAAGGUGUCGGCGUUUCUGGAGGACUAACCGCGGACGGAGAGUAAUUGAGUGAGCCGGCGACCUCCAAGAGAAGGUCGAGUGGCGGCGGGCAAAUGCACCGUCAGCUCGUUGCAUAUUCUAAUAGAUGACACAAUCCCGCUAAUGGCUUCCCAAAUCCGCCGGGAAUGCUUAUGAGCCGCCGCCCCAUUCCUCCCCAUCACCACGAAUCUAUGACCUCCUCCGUUUAACUCUACUUUCAUUGUCGGCUAGUGAUCCGUCGUAGCCAGGUGCUCGGUUAGGAAAAAAAUCUGGUUUUGUAAAACGAAUCGAAUUUCAGAGCGGAUUAGUUAAUCCGAAUCGAUAUGAGAGCUUGGACAGUGUGCUUUUUAAAACGUGGAUCACAGUGAAACACAUCCUUUAAAACGCACCCGUUAAAUAAUUCAGAGAAACCUAAACUACUGUUUAAAAACGGACAGAUACUUGAGCUGUGCUUCCCAGAUGUACAAAACCAAAAUGUGUUAAACGUACUGAUAUCAAUAUACUUCGAAAAAUGUCCAGACUUGCUUCAGUCUCUCAUUUUUAUUAAGGAGGAUGUAAAUGUAUACGUGCAUCUUCUUUUAAAAAAGCAAUACAUAAGAGGCCUGUAUUUUACAAAAAGGAUUGUUUUUAUAGCGGACGGGCAAAAACACUUCAACAGCAGAAAUGGAGGAUAAAAUGAGAUUUUUUUAAACAAGAACCGAUCAAAACCUGUUGCGUGUUUAGGUUCUGAGUGCUGAUAUCAGGUGCCUCAGAGAUGAUUCUACAGGAAACGUUGUUCCUCUUUAAAUCUGCCUUGUACAUAUAUGUAUAUACACAACAGCAAUAAUAUGACGAUGCAUGUAAAAUUUCUUUUCCCUUGUUUUGUCGUUUCUUUUUUAAAAAUUAUUAUAAUUAUUAUUUUUGCGAUUCAAAUAAAUAUACAGGUACCAGUUGCAGUCUGGGUGACAAUGCAAAUCAGGGACACGUGUUCUCAUGCUUAAAAAGCGCCCGCGGGCCGCCGAUACCGUCAACAGGUCACAUCAGUCGCGUGACUCUGUGCAUUCUGGGAACUCUGCUUCUGUUCCUUUUCUCCCCCUCCCCUCCUAUUUUUUUAAAGUCUGCUUUCCUUUGUAUAUGUGCCCAGCUCGUCUGCGCAACGAUGAAAAGUGCCAAAAAAGUACGAUUUCCAUAACAAAAGCCUUCAGCAUAUGGCGGACUGCUUGUGUCCUUCCAUACGGUUUCCCAAAACUAUAGACUCUCAGUUCCUCCUUUGUCGCAUCCUCUCUAUCUCUCUCUCUAUUUCCGCCAAGGGUGACAAAACUUAAGCCAUGAUUGCAGGAGGGUGUUUUGAUUUCUGUUUUCUGCUACAUUUAAUGAUGAUGAUGAUGAUAAUAAUGGUAAUAAAAUACAAUAGCACAAGCAAA